CAACCAGCAACCUCGAAACAGCUCACUUCAAAGUUCAACCUGUUUCGCGAAUAACAUCCGAUUAGACUCUCCUCUCCAUACUAGCCACCAUGGCUUCCAAAGCAGUUGCGAAAGCUGCAGGGGGCGUCAUGAGCAUCAGCCAGAAACAAACCCUCCAAUCGACGGGCAUAUGGGAGCGCGUGCGGCGCGUGCUCGCGGUCGACCCGAACCGGUCGAACGGCGUGCCGCUGAACCCGUACUUCCGGAACCCGACCCCCGGCGGGCUGGACCCCCUCGAGUACGACGACCCGGUGACGAUCCCGGCGGGCGACAUCGCGGACAACCCGUACUGGAAGCGGGACGCGCGGCGCGCGUACCCACGAUUAUCCUUCGUCAGCCAGGCCGACGCCGUGGCCCUCCUCAGCGUCGGCAGCGCCGCGGCGCCCAAGCAGGAACUCAUCGGCGAGUCGGGCCAGAAGGCACUGGUGGCGGCGAAGCAGGAAGGGAAGACGACGGGCUUGGCGGCGUACGUGGAGAAGAAUGUGGCCGCGGCGAAGGACGCGCUGCUGGUGAAUGGCUUGCCGCCGCUGCCGAGCGGGCAGAGCUUGGGCAAGGAGGGCGCGUGGCAGCCGUAUAAGUACGAGUUGACGGAGGAGAAUGCGUAUCCUGACGGGUGAGUACUGCCGGUGCGGACGUGUAGAGGGGAGAGAGGUGAAAUUGUGUUGCUAACUUGACUACAGAUACCCUUGCCGGACUUUCAAA